CUCAAAUCAGACUCACUUCCAGACCGAUUCAACUUCCACCAAACUGAGCGAUGGCGGCCGCCGUGUCUGUUAGUAACUCUGUCAAAGAUGAAAGCACAGACACCGGGCCCAGUUCUGCCCCACGGCCACUUAAUGGAAACUACGACCUCGCUGCGGAACAAGAGAACUGGAUGGCCGGGGGGGACCGCCGUUUCUCAGAACUUUCUCCCGGAGCAGAGGACGCCACACCGGGACGCGAGUGUCAGCGAAGGGUCGAUGAGGACCUGAUAUCACUGAGCCCCAAAGAGAUUGAGAGCCGCUUGGAGAGAAUGCGUCGGGAGUUCUACAAUCGUAGAAAAAUAAUAAUAAAGAAUCUCCCCUCCGACGUCAGUAAUCAGGAGGUCCACGAGCUGUUGGGAAGCUAUGAUCUGAAGUAUUGCUUUGUUGACAAAUAUAAGGGCACAGCAUUUGUAACACUUCUGAACGGGGAACAGGCCCAGUGUGCCAUCGAGGAGUUCCACCAGUAUGUGCUACGGGAUAGGGAGAUCUCUGUGCAGCUGCAGCCCACUGACGCUCUUCUGUGUAUCGCCAACCUGCCCCCAGUUUUUACCCAGCAGCAGUUUGAGGAAUUGGUGCGACCGUUUGGCAAUUUAGAGCGCUGCUUCCUGGUUUACAGUGCCACUACGGGACAUUCGAAAGGCUACGGCUUUGUGGAGUACAUGAAGAAGGACUCGGCGGCCAGGGCCAAGUCAGAGCUUCUGGGGAAGCAGCUGGGCUCCCGCAUGCUGUACGUUCACUGGACCGAAGUGGGCUCGCUCACCUACCCGCUGCUGCACUCCAGAUGCCUGUGUGUGGACCUCCUGCCCCCGAGCCUCCUGACAGCCCAGGACCUCCUCGCUGCCCUGGCUGACUCCCAUACGCCAGUCUUCUGCCAGCUGGCUCAGGGACAAGAUGGAAGUUUUUGUCGUUUUGCUGUGUUGGAGUUUGCCUCUGCAGAGAUGGCUGAGGAGGCCCAGAGACUCUCAGAUGGCAGGCUACUGGGCGGGACACACAUCAGGGUGGCCUUCUGUGCCCCCGGCCCCCCUGGAAGAAGCAUGCUGGCUGCUCUGAUUGCUGCACAAACCAUGUGUCUAAACAGAGGCAAAGGCCUCCUCCCUGAUCCCACAGCCCUGCAGAUCCUCACAGGCCUUAAUAACCCUGCUGCUCUUAAGAUGCUGCUCACCCCUCUGUCUCAGGCACACAAACAAGGCCUUCUCGGGGCAGCCCCUGCCAUGCCGCUGCUGACCAACCCCGCUCUCUCUGCUGCCCUGCUGCAGCUCCUGCUUCAGAACCAGGCCAAGGCCCAGCAGCAAGCUUUUCUGGGGAAUCCUCUUCUUUGGGCUCAGGUGCUGCACAGUAAAGAAAACCCCUUUCUCCCUUGUGCAGGACUCAUCGGGGACAGUCCUCUGGCUGCUCUGCCUGUCCAGCAGGGAGUCCAUCUGCUUGGUGAUCUCCCUCAAGUCUCAGGACUGGGUCUGCAGUCGGACCCACUGGCCCCCCUGAAGUCGGUGCCGCUCGGCAGAGCCGUGCCAAGAGAACAGGAUUCCCCCACAUCAGCGUGCAGCUUCUCGCAGACCUCCCCUCCCACCCUACCAGGCAUUUCCUUACCCCUGAUGGGAGGCAUGAUGGGGACAGAUGGCCUUGCAGCACAGGGGGUACCGAUGCUGAGUGAUUCUCCAAAAGAUGUGAAUCUUCCCCAGAGCACCUUCCUCAAUGUCAACAAUGUUUUUCCUUCAGGAGCUAGCUGCAGACCUCCCACCUAUAGGAAAAGACCUACACUAAGUAACGUGUCCAACCAGUACACGCAUCAGCACCUGCAGCCCAACUAUAACAUGCGGUUUCAGAAUUCCUACAGCCCUGAAUAUCCUUCUGCACACCAGGAUGCCUUGGCCCACUUGUACGAGCAGCAGGAGAACCGUGAUACUGGGGCCGUGGCAGGAUUCGGUCAGCAGCGCUCUCAUCAUUGUGACUACAUCGAACAGUUUCCCCACUACACUUAUCCUUCCAGCCCACCCCCCUCUUCGUACUUCAACUCGGGGCCUGAGGUCUCCGGUAGGGGCAGCCUCUCCUCCACCAGCCUUAAUCGGGCAGUGGGAAUGCCUCCUGGAAGCCACAGUGUGAACUGUCCUCCAGGUCUGGGGAACACUAUGAAGACACCGAUUGGGAGCCACAAACGUGUCUUCUCCCGUCUGAUCCCCUCCCCAGAGCCCAGCCCGGAGGGCGGCUACGUGGGCCAGCACUCUCAAGGCCUCGGGGGUCACUACGCAGACUCCUACCUCAAGCGUAAGCGUAUUUUCUGAAAAGCCGCCUCUUGUUGUAAGAUUAGCCAUUCGACCGCCAGGACACAUUGACGUCUCCGACGGACUCGACCGCUAGGUGGUCCUUGGUUCUGUCUCCUGUGAGUGACCCCUGGGGGGUGCUGAACGCUGUUUAGGAAGUGAUGUCACUCAAUGGAAAAUCUUUAUGCUGUUUAUAAUUUUUUUCCUUUUGUGUUUUAUUUGACUGUGAUUUGUAAAUUAAUGUUUUACUUUCCCUUUAUUUGAUUUUAAUUUGAUGUCUAACUUGUACAAUGAGGAAAAAAGGUAAAAUAGAAAAAGAUUUUGUUUCUUCAAAGCAUUUUUUUGUUUUUAAUUAUCCCUGUGUUGAGUGGUGUGUGGUAGUUUGGCCAGUUUACGGUGCUGCUUUUUUAAUGGUUGACAUCGCUCUAAUGUCAAACUGUCAAUCUCAGGCCAAGGGACUGACCGAGUAUUAAAAACGAGCUUUAUGUUGGAGGGUUUCCUUUUUUAAAGACCUUCCUGGUUGAUGUAAAACGUUAGUGUGGUGUUGGUUUCCCAUGUUUCCACGGGGUUGUCCUGUUUGCUGCAGAACUGGAUUUGCUUUGCCUCACAUGCAGCUUUCCAUCCACCAGUGCUAGCUGUGCUGCCCGGCCGUGUAAUUAUGAACCGUAGCUUUAUCAUUCUGGGAUGUUUUCUGAAGCCUUAACUUUUCCACGUUGUUCAUCUUCCCAAACCUCACCCUCCGACUGGUGUUACGAGUCUGUUCCCCACACAAGUCACGAAAAUGAUCGUUUUUCACCAGCAGAAGGUGCCAUUUCACUCAUUUGUCCACAAGUUGGAUAAUUUUUUUUUGUCUUGGAAAUUAAUUGAAUUUUUUCAGUUUCAAAGCCCUGUUGGAUGAUCGGGGGUGUGGGUGUGAACUCUGUGCCCCCAGCCCUGUUUCACCAAGAAAACUAGCUUCAUGGCAGCUGGAAUAACGAGUGCAGCCCAUGUGUUUGGAGUUAGCCGGUUAGGGUGAGAGCUCAGUUUGUCUGUGGUUUCAUUAAUGGAAGCAAGUGGCAGAUGGUUGGUCAGUCACACGUGUCCUCUUCAAACCUUUGGUUUAUCUUUAAGUGAUUAUCUGGCUGACAGUUUGAUUGUGAAAACUCAUUACCUCUGACGUCUGCUAAAAAUGCAGCUACACUUGAGCCUUAACUUUGUUUUUCUGUGAUCAUCAUCCUGCCCUGUGUUGGCUUCCAUCUGCAUUUUCAGUUUCAGUGUUAUUUGCUGUGUAAAUAGUUAAAAGCUGGAUCAUUUUUGAAGUCCAAACCUUUUGUUUUCUGGUCUGGUGUUAUUUUUGAAUAUUUUGCCGAUCCCUGUGUGCUCGUUGUAUGCUUGAGAGCUGAUGUGUUUAAAAGAGUGACUCCACAGCAGACUGUUAUGUUGUGUAUGGACCAAGAGAUGCAGCUGUACUGUAUGUUCAGGAUUUCAACUGCUGUUCUUUCCUCUGUACCACCAUGAUUGUCUCUGUACAUGUGUGAUGUGCGCAAGUAAAUGUUAUUUAAACUGA